GGGGGGUGGAACUACAUGAUCUUAAAGGUCCCUUCCAACCCAAACCAUUCUAUGAUUCUAAGUACAGGAGAGGAAAAGUUCUUGGGCUACCUGGUGGUUCCUCUGUGACCUCAGUGCAGAAUGUGACAGUGGUGGGUACCAGAGCUCAGCAUGCAGUGCUGGCUCUUGCUGCUCACUGUGCUACUGGGGGCUGUGCUCCCUCUGCCCCUGCGCCAAAGCUAUUUUGUCCCUGAAGACUUCUCUGCCCCCUUAGAACUCCCACAGCAGCACUUUGGCUUGGUGGAUGAUUAUGGCAUUAAACCAAAACAGCCUCACUUCAGGACCGUAACACCCCGGGAACAGCCAGCAGGACUGCAGAGGGCUGGCAAAACCAAACGUGAUGAGCUUGACUUGGAGUACUACUAUGAUGCCCAGCUGUGAGGGACAGCAGGGCACUCAGGCACCCCAGUCUGCACAGGGCUGAGAACCACCGCAGUAGGGAAGCUCAGCCCUGUCCUGCCUCUGCCACCUGCAGCUGGAGGGGAUAGAGGGGGACAAGGACAGAGAAAUGCUCCCUUCCCCAUGGUGUGGUCACUGCAGAGAGGUAGGAGGAAAUCUUCCUUUCCCCAGGGCGUGGAUACAAGAGAGGAGGGAUGGGGGCAGAGGCAGGGGUGAGCUGUCUCAGCUUGUUCAUCCUUUUUCUGGCACUCAAAGAGGAGAUGCUGGGCUCUAUCCCUCCUGUCCAGCAGCCUCAUCCCCGGGGCCAGGCAGAGAAGUGAUGGUCUCUGCCCUGGCAGGAGCCAUCAUACAGUUCUUGUUGGCUGUAGCUUCUGUGUCUUCAUCCUGCAAGAGUCUGACUCCGCCAGCGCAUUAGAAGUCACCCCUGAGGGAUGUGACGGGAAGCUGAGCCAUGGUCACAGCGAGGAGAUGUUUUCACCCCAGCUUGCAUCAGGGAAGGGCUGGAGAAUGCCAACCCCUCCAGCAAUCACAGACUGGGCAGCCAGUGGGCACUUCUCAAAUAGAAUAAACUAAGU